AUGAGAUACGUUCUGUUUUCCCUCAGCGCGCUCGUGUUCUACGCGAUCUUCUACUUCUCAUUCGUCAAUGGACUCAAUGCCCUCGCCGAGAAGUCUGUCGCCUCCGGGAAACUGCCAGGCGCCAAUGAGCCUUUGCGCACAGUGUAUACUGGCGUCGAGCCGGUAGAUCAUCUGCUGACCAUAUUGACGACCUUUUUCUAUCCCGCUCUGGACGGCCAGAAUGCCACGCUGUUGCUGCAUAGUGUCGGAUUUUCCGGAACUUUCGGAGCUGCUUGGACUCUUGUUGUCGUGGAGUCCUGGAGAAAGGGUAACACGGGAACAAUUGCUGCUUAUCCCGCCGUUUUUGGCUUGAUGGCCCAGGUUUUUACGUUCGCUUUUGCAACUCCCCUGCUUUGCGGACUUCAGCUGGGUUGCUCCAUCACAGCAAAACGGCCCCAUGCUGACAACAUCCGCGUUCCGCGUGCUGUGUUGGUUUCUCUGCCUCUAAUUUUUAUAAUUGGAUUCAUGGUGCCAACCCACGCGAUGGUGCUGCCCGCGCCAACCUUAAUCUCGGUGGAUUUGAAGCAAAUUGCGAUCGCAAUCUGGCAGCCUUGGCCCGCCUAUGUCUCUAUUCUGGCGACUCUUUCCUACUUCAUUCUAUCUCCGCUUUUCCCCAAUAACCACCGUGCCUCCAUGUCCAGUCUGCGAUGGGUUUACGCGUUUGCAUUUUUCAAUGCGGCCGUCCCGCACCUGGUCUCGUGGACUCUGUCUCUGUCCUCAGUCCUUGUCCCCGUCAUAUACAAUGACCGAUUCCUUGACGCUCUGCAUCCGGCGAACGUGUUUUCAGUUCCGCUUCCAUGGUCCGGCCAGACGGUAGAUACGGUGGCAGAAGGAGUGCAUUUUUUCUUGCGCUGGGAUUAUAUGAUCGGAUCCGCCGGCAUCCUGCUCUGGGCGUUGAAACUAUAUACCGUUGCCCAUAAGCAGAUUUUAAGCACCGUGUGCUGGUCAGGUCUGCUCCUCAAGGUCGGAUUGCUGACGGUAUUUGCUGGUCCUGCCGGAGCAGCUGUUGAACUGAUGUGGGAGAGGGACGAACUAGUGUUUGGCGAGACUGGAGGCACUAGACAGCAGGUCACAAAAGCCAAAAAGUCUUCCUAG